UAUAUUCUUCUAUGUUCUUCCAAACCAAGAAAGACUAACCACAUCAUGUUCCUUUCACUAAGACACUCCUUCAUGUUUCUGGUCACUCUUUUCCUCACAUCAAAAGCUUUGUUACAAGAUGCACCGGUCACCAAAAUAUCGGUCACAAACCGCAACAUUCAAAGCUUCACCAAUGCUGGCAAAGGCAACAUCAUCACAGGAAUAUCACAAUUCAAAAGAUACUUAUCUCGUUUCGGAUACCUUAAAAACAAUGACGCAUUCAGCGACAAAUUUGAUGCAAGUUUUGAAUCAGCUCUCAUCAAAUACCAACGAAAUCUUGGACUCCAAGUAACUGGAAAACUCGAUUCCAACACAGUUUCCCAAAUGAUCACGCCAAGAUGCGGUGUUCCAGACACAAGAAAAACUCGCCACCAUCAAAAUCGUAUUCAUAACACGACGCAUUUUGUUUAUUUCCCCGGAAAACCACGAUGGUCACAUGACAAUGACAUGCCAAUGACACUAACCUAUGGCUUCUCACGGGACUACAUGAUUCAUAAAUUGAGCUUACAAGAGAUAAGACAAACAUUCAAACGAGCAUUUUCUAGAUGGAGUUCGGUUAUUCCAGUUAGUUUCGUCGAAGCAGAGGAUUACGGCUUCGCAGAUAUAAAAAUAGGAUUUUAUAGUGGUGACCACGGUGAUGGUGAGCCAUUUGAUGGUGUUCUAGGUGUGCUAGCACAUUCUUUUUCGCCAGAGAUAGGAAGGCUUCACCUCGAUGCAGCGGAGACAUGGGCAGUUGAUUUCAAGGUAACGAAAUCAGAGGUGGCGGUUGAUUUGGAGUCAGUUGCAACACAUGAGAUUGGACAUUUGUUGGGUUUGUCACAUAGUAGUGUGAAAGAAGCUGUGAUGUAUCCAAGUUUAAGGCCAAGAGAUAAAAGAGCUGAUUUGAAUAUUGAUGAUAUUAAAGGUGUGCAAUCCCUUUAUGGUUCUAAUCCUAAUUUUAGAUCUCAGUGGUCAUUGGAAUCUGAUAUAUCCGCAAAUCAUGGUGAAAAAUUUGGAGUUGACACUUUCAGGUGAUGGAGAUCAAUUGAGUUUGGGGAAGCUCGGAAGUAAAAACGAGUCGAAUGCUCCAGGAUUACAAGAGAGGGAGACAUCACUUCUCUUAUAUAUCCAAUGUAACACCCUAAACUCAAUAUUUGGAAUAUUCCUAUUUCAAAAACUACG